AUGACAUUACCCUUGCGCGAGUUUUGUGAAAGUAACUUUGCGUUUGAUAUGCCCCAGCAGAUAAAAAAUGGAUUCAAGAAAUGUGGUUUGUUUCCCUUAGAUGAAGAGGCUGUUGAUUAUACUAAAUGUGUUAAAGAUAAUGCAAAGCUUAGAAACCAGCGUUCAUCUACUGGGAUAACAUCUCCGGACAUCGAUAUUGCUAUGAAAGUUAUACGAGCUGCAAACCUAGAUAUAAAACAUGGUAUUGAUACAAACGUAAUUUUAAAGGAAUUAAAUGAUAUGAAAUCAAAACCCGGAAGACGCAAAUUCACUUCCAAAAUAAAAAGUUCACAAAAAUCUACACCUAAAUUCACAAAUUCCCCUGAUGAAAACGUACAUAUACUUGAUACUCCCAAAGUUGGCUCGUAUGUUACUUUAGACGAUAUUUCUGUUAUCACGUUUGAUCUCAGUGACUCAAAAUCAAUUAUAACAGAAACAGAGAUCGCCUUUUUAAAUUAUACAGAUUUGGGCUCAAAUAUUCAACGUAUGAGCAAAACACAUGAACACAGUAAUGAUAUAUUAUCUAAUUGGACGAACUUAAGCGAACAUAAUAUUUAUUCGCAAGAUAUUGACAGAAAAAUAGAAGUAAUUACGGAUACAUUUCAAAGUGUUACAAAAGAUACGCCACCAGUAGACUUAGAUUUACAAAAUGUUAUAUGA